UUGGUAACAGUUUAAUCCUAUUCCUAUUAUAUAUCUGAGGAUUCUUCUUUCUUCUUCUGGGUUUAGCAAAUCUUUACAAAGAAAAAAAAUAACAUUUUCAUUUAACACUCUAAAGAGUAAACAUCCAAACACUUAUAUAAACCCUAAAAUUUUGGGUUUUGAGGAAAAAAUUACUAUUCAUCAUCAUCAUCAGAUCUCCACAAGAAAAAAAGAUUCAAUCUUUUCUGUUUUUGUUUGGUAAUAAUGGCGAGUUCAUACCCGGGUGCUGAUCGGGUGGGAUCGUAUUUUGUAGCGCAGUAUUAUCAGGUGUUUCAACAGCAUCCUGAUCUUGUUCAUCAGUUUUAUGAUGAUUCCAGUUCUAUGAUUCGUAUUGAUGGCGAUUCCACCCAAUCUGCUUCUUCAAUGCUGCAAAUCCACACUCUUGUCACUUCUUUAGCUUUUACUGCAAUUGAGAUCAAGACCAUUAAUUCGCUCGAGUCAUGGAAUGGAGGUCUUACGGUGAUGGUUUCUGGAUCUAUUAAAAACAAGGAUGUCGGUGGCAGGAGGAGUUUUGUGCAGAGCUUUUUCUUGGCUCCUCAGGAGAAGGGCUACUUUGUUCUUAAUGAUAUCUUCCAGUUUAUUGACGAGGAAAGUAUUUACCAGCAGCAUCAGCUUCCUGUCUCAUCUGAAAAUGUAUACCAGCAACAUUCAGCUGGGAUAUCAUCUGAGGACAUUCAUGACACACAAUUGAAUGCUUCUAGCAAUCUUCUAGAGCCUCCAGUUUCCGACUAUGCUUUGGAAGAAGAAGCUAGGGAGUAUGUGGACUCAGUGCAUAUAGAAGAUGAUCCAGUGGACAAGUACAGUCUCCCAGAACAACAGUUGCAGCAAGAUUUUGAGACUGAAGUCGUAGUUGAAGAAACUCCUGUUGAGGAGACACCUACUUCAUUUCAAGGUGUUGUGAAUGUUGUGCAAGAUUCUCCAGCUGUUGCUUGGGAAGAACCUACAGAAGAUGCUCCACGGAAAACUUAUGCAUCUAUUUUACGGGUUGCUAGGGGUCAGUCAUCAGUUGCGACUCAUACACCUGCGACUCAUUCACCUGCUACUCAUCCACCAGCUACUCUUCCACCUGCUACUCAUCCACCUAUUAACAAGAGUCUCCCAACGACUUCUGAUUGGAAUCAUGUACCGGAAUCCACACCUCAGCCAUCAGACUCUGGAUUGUCUAAUCUGUCUGAUUCUGGAUUUGAAGCAAACGACAACUUCGGACUAGAUGAAGGUGAACCAAAAUCUGUCUAUGUUAGAAACUUGCCAUCUGAUAUCACUGCUGCCGAACUUGAUGAGGUAUUUAGGAACUUUGGCAGAAUCAAGCCUGAUGGUGUGUUUGUAAGGAAUCGGAAGGAUGUUAUUGGCGUUUGCUAUGCUUUCGUUGAGUUUGAAGACCUUGCGAGUGUUCAAAAUGCAGUCCAGGCAUCUCCGAUACAGCUGGCUGGAAGGCAGGUCUACAUUGAGGAGCGAAGGCCAAACACUGGCAUUGCUUCUCGAGGUGGAGGAGUUCGAGGUGGAAGAGGAAGAGGCCGAGGCAGUUAUCUAGCAGAUGCACCAAGAGGGCGAUUUGGUUCCCGCCCUGUGGGGGGCAGGGGAAGCAAUCAAGAUGGCGGUGACUACUCUAGACCCAGAGGUAAUGGUUUCUAUCAGCAGCGGGCUUCACGAUAGGAGAAAGGCUAAUAACCAGUGUGUUCCAGCCGGAAGCGCUCAGGCUUACAUCCAGGUUUUUGAUCUAGAACAAUUGUAACAAGUUUUUUGAGUGAUUGAUUUCCCAAUCAAAUGUCUUUCUUUCGACGUGUACUUUUUUGAGGUGUGCUAUUACAGAUGGAGUGUUAGAGAUAAA